ACGGUGCCUCAUCCUGUGAUGCUGCAGCGCUAACAGAUGACAACAGAAAAUCCCGUCGACAUCACAUUAAAAGAGUGAUAAUGAUGGACGAGAGCGUCUCUAUAACGCAGAUUGUUCAGCGGCUCAAAGGGACUAAUUUACACUCUCAGCUGGAGAAACAGGCUAAAGAAUGUUUGCACAAACCUGAAAUUAAACUGGAAACGCUGAAAGAUGAUGUGAGAAGAUUGUUAAAGGCAUCAGGUUGGGAGAGAAAAUUACAAAAUGCAGUUUACAGGGAAUUACACAUUCUGCCUCCCCCUGGGCACCCUAGAGCACCUCCUGAACACACCAAAGAGCCCUUGGCAUAUAUGCGCAAAACCCAGGUGAACUGGGAGAAGAGGAUCCUGAAGAGUUUGAACAGUAUGUGCACUGAGUUGGGAAUUCCAUUGGCACGGAAGCGGCCAGUCGCAGAGCAGAAAGAGCUGACAAAUAAAUGGAACGAGAUGGGAACUGAUGAACCAGACCUAAGCAAAUUCAGGCCUGUCUACGCACCCAAAGACUUCAUUGAGGUGUUGGUUGGUUUAAAAAACCCAAAUAACGAGCGCAGUGAAGAUCUCACAGUCAGAAGCCACUGGGGAUUAAUCCAGGUUUCCCUCAACGUCCGUGACAUUCUUCAAAUGGUGAGUCUCCCUUUUUUUAUUUCACUUCCUUCUAUUUUUUUAAUGUCAAGACACAAAGAAUUGGUGAGCGAGCAAGACAGUGCAGCGGCGCAGCAGUACAGCAGGCAGGGCUGCCCCACCGGUCUCAGGGCCCAGCUGUGGUCUCUCAUCCUGAAUACUACUAAUGAUCCUGAGGACAUAACACAUUAUGAACAGCUGAAGGCUAGAGUCAUACACCAUGACCUGCUGGUGGACAACCUAAUAUAUAAGGAUGUGAAGCUUACUGCAAGUAAUGACGAUUACUACUUUGUGUUUGAGGACUAUUUAUAUCAAGUCUUGCUGUGUUUUUCUCGAGACACUGCAGUCCUGGAGCAUUUCAACUACAACUGCGCUACACCGCCUAAAUCUUGCAUCCAAAGCAAGUCUGGCUCAGAGCAGUGUGCUGUGGUUUACCCCCCGAAUGGUGUCAUUCCAUUUCAUGGAUUCUCAAUGUAUGUUGCACCACUGUGUUUCUUAUAUAAUGAGCCUUCGAAGCUGUACAGCGUAUUUAGAGAGAUGUAUAUUCGCUACUUCUUCAGACUACACUCUAUCUCCUCACAUCCAUCUGGUAUAGUGUCUUUGUGCUUGCAGUUUGAGAGAUUACUGCAGACUCAUCUACCCCAGCUUUUCUACCAUCUACGAGAGAUUGGAGCCCAGCCGUUGCGUAUUGCCUUUAAGUGGAUAGUCCGGGCCUUCUCAGGAUACCUGUCCACUGACCAGCUCCUAUUGUUAUGGGACCGUAUCCUAGGAUAUGAUUCCUUAGAGAUAGUAGCAGUCCUGGCCACUGCUGUCUUUGUCUUCCGAGCCGAAAACCUAAUGGAAGUGACAUCACUGGCAUCAGCUGAGGCUGUUCUUGCAGACCUCUCAACCCUGAAGGUGAUGCCCUUGCUGCAGAUCUUCCUCUUCGCCACCUCCGUCUGAGAAGCUGGCGGUGUGUUUGUCUGUUUUGGUGGCUGGAUGUUCCAGUCCAUUUUCAUUUGAUGUUGACUUUAAAGGGAUAGUUUACCCAAAAAUGAAAAUGUACUCACCCUCAUGUCAUUCCAAUGACAUUUGUAUAA